AUGACAUUAACUUUAUACACAGCACCAACUGGAAAUGGGUUUAAACCAACCAUCCUUCUUAACUUUUUAAAUAUCCCUUUCACUCUCCACUUAUUCCCAUGGCCAACACCGGAAAUUAAACAAGAAUGGUAUUUGAAAAUUAAUCCUAAUGGACGUAUUCCUUCAAUUGUGGAUGAUGGCAUUCGCUUGAAUGAAUCUAAUGCUAUCUUGCUUUAUCUUGCCGACAAAUAUGACAAGGAAGGAAAAGUAAGUUAUAAAGUUAAUGAUGGUGAUAACUAUUGGAAACAAAUCCAAUGGUUGUUUUUCCAAAGCACUCAAUUUACCAAUGCUUUCCAACAAUUAUUUAUCUAUAGAACUUCCAAUGUUACUGAUGAACAAGUUUUGGGAAAAGCUUUUGCCAAUUCGGAUAACGUAUAUCUGGUAUUAGAAGGGCAAUUGAAAAAGGGUAAGUUUAUUGUUGGUGAUAAAUUUACUAUUGUUGAUAUUUCCUUUGUUUCUGUUCAUUAUCGUAUGGUUAAGACACUUGAAGGUACAAUAUAUGAAAUCAAAGAUUUUGCUGAAAAGUAUUCUCGUUGUCAAGAAUGGUACUGUACUUGUUAUUCAUUUAAGGAAGUUAGAGAAGCAUUUGAAAAAGUGGCUAACUAA